AUGUCAACCCAAGAGUCGCUGCCCCGCAAGAGCGGCAGCCGGAAGUUACAGAAACGUAGGCCACAGAUGAACAGACUACCCUCAUCAAAGAUGCCGGACAGGCUCAGGCUAGGUGACGAUGCGCAAGACGAUGUGACAGCGCCAACUCGAGGCACGCAGGUGCCAGGGCAGUACAUGAACCAGUCUAUUUUCUCCAUGAUCGCGGCAGCCGGCUCCAGGACAGACUUCAACACGCGCUUCGACGACUCAAGCGACAGCGAUGAAGAUGCCUUGCCGGAAGGCAACGAACCGGAAGAGGAAGUCCCUGCACCGAAGCAAUCGAGCGACGUGGCCUGGCGGGAAGAGAAGAGCACUGUUGCCAACAGCAACGACAAACAGCAGAAAAAGAAGAAGCGCCUCUCAGACCACAGACUCAUGCAGUCCCUGCCCAAAUUGUCACUCAGCAUCAACAAACAGAGAAAGCAAUCGUCCCACCGAAGCCCGCCCUCGUCGGACGAUGCCACCUCGAAAAGCGAUCGCAGCAAUCCGAGAGAUGCGCCCGUCAUGACACGGCUCUUGACGGCCGAGGCUGAACUCGAGGAGGCAGAGCUAGACAAGGAUAAAGGCCUUGGACAGUCAAGGAGUCGAGGUGAAUCAUCUCCUGCGACUUUGCUGGCCAGUCGCUUGAUGCAGAUAUUUGGCUUUGAGUCGCCCGAAAAGGUGGUCGCGGAAUACCCGUGCUGGCUGCUACAGAGUGUGCUUCUGCAAGGAUAUCUAUACAUCACGCGGCAACACAUCUGCUUCUACGCAUAUCUGCCAAAGAAGUCAAAUACAGUUGCGAAGAACGGCUACUUGGCGAAGCGAGGGAAGACCAAUCCUCGCUACAACCGAUACUAUAUGAUACUGAAAGGCGACGUGCUGUCAUACUACUCGGACCCGUCCGCCCAGUACUUUCCUCAGGGCACAAUUGAUCUUCGCUACGGGAUCUCUGCAACGCUUUCUGCCGAGAAGGAUAAGCAGAAAGAAUGCAAGGACUUCUCGGUCACGACCGAUCACCGGACCUACAAUUUUCGUGCUGAUACGCCAGAGAGUGCGAAGGAAUGGGUGAAGUCGCUACAGAGGACAAUCUUCAGGUCGCAUAAUGAUGGAGACAGCGUGAAGAUCUCUCUGCCAAUAGAGAACAUCAUUGACAUUGAGGAGAGUCCAGUCGUUGAAUUCGCCGAGACAGUGAAGAUUCGCGUUAUCGAAAACGAUGAGUCCUACGCGAUCGAUGAGUACUUUUUCUCCUUCUUUGAACACGGGUCGGACGUGCUCAAUGUGCUGUCGGGUCUCGGUGCUGGCAGUGCCACACCGGGCGUUCAAGAUCUGGCUUCGCCUCUAUCUGACGAGCGAAGAGCACGGUCGCCUGGUGCACGGCGAUCACUGGACAUGCUCUCACACACUCCCAGAGAUCGAUCUACCACGCCACUUCGGGAUAGCGUCAGAGCAACGCUCAAGCCCUACGCUCUGGGUGAUGAUGGCAAGAUGUCGCCACGGAUGAGCGGCGAGUUCUCCCGGCCUAGCAAAAGUCCGGGGCGUCAGAGCUUCGAUCAGGUUACUGGAGACUACAGUCGGGCAAGCUUCGAUCGAGGUCGGAGGAGUCCCAGUACCAGCGGCCUUGACGUCGCACGUGAGCGACGAAGCGGAAAGUCGCCUCUGGCAAGGACUCAAGAGUCUCCCGAAUCGCAUGCUCGAUCCUUCGACAAGGAGACCGACUCAUCGGUGCCUCCACUGUCACCCAAAGCCGAAGCACAUAUGUCAGCAAGCCAGAUCUUAACCAGAAGCGACGUGUUCCACCCAGCAAAGGUCAAUCGAAUGGACACAGUGGCUUCUAUGUCCACAGAGCCUACUGGACAGUCCUCGGAGAUCGAGACCACUCAGUCGACGAGUUCACCGCAGCAAGAAGCAACGCCGCCUAUACCUAUCAGAACACGUCCUUCGAUCAGGCAGCGUGUCUUGUCGCAAGAUUCCGAUUUCUUUGAGGCUCAAGAACAAGCCGGGAAGCAGACAGGGUCACCGACCCUACAGGACUUGUACAAAGCCGGCUCCUACCCAUUGCAGCGAGCUGGAGCAUUUGCUGGGUACCUCAAGAACAAGUCCAACAAGAUGACAAAGCUUCUGGCAACCGAGUCCAUGUCUUAUUUCGAGAAGGUCUCGGGCAUGUGGGCUGGCAAUCGGAAGCACUAUGGCGCCAACGAAGACGUCUUGUCUGAUGAUAGAGACGUCGAUCCUGAGGAUGCAGAAUCAAAUGUGCCACAUGGAGAUCGUUUCCGCAUGCACUUCGCUCUUCCGAAAACAGAAAAGCUCCAGGCUACGUACUUCGUUUGGAUGCAUCGCGUGCUCCCACUGUAUGGCAAGGUCUACAUCAGCAACCGGAAGUUCUGCUUCCGUAGCAUGGUGCCAGGAACCAGGACCAAGCUCAUUCUGCCUUUGAAAGACGUUGAGAAUGUCGACAAGGAGAAAGGCUUCCGCAUGGGCUACCACGGCCUUGUACUAGUUAUUCGUGGCUACGAGGAGCUUUUCUUCGAGUACAUGUCUGCCGAAGAUCGAGAUGACUGCGCGAUCACCUUGCUGCAGAGCCUUGAGGCUGGAAAAUAUCUGGACGAUGAUAGUACCAUCCUUCCGACGGACGAGGACAGUGCCGCACUUGCGAAAGACGAGCAUCGACUGCUACAAGAAGCACGGACGAGCACAAGCAAACGUGACGCCAAUGUUGUGGUGCCAGAAACCAACGAGACUGUCUAUUCGCAUGAUCAGCCGAUACUUUUCGAUGAUCCCAAAGUGUCAAUCAUCAACUUCAGACCGCCCACGGCGUUGCGCAUCACAUGCUUGACUAUUGGCUCAAGGGGAGAUGUGCAGCCGUACAUUGCCCUAUGCAAAGGUCUGCUUGCUGAUGGCCACAAAGUCCGAAUCGCAACCCACCGCGAAUUUCAGCCGUGGAUCGAGUCCCACGGCAUCGACUUCAGACCUGUGGAAGGCGAUCCAGCUGAGCUCAUGCGCAUCUGUAUCGAGAACGGCAUGUUCACGUACUCCUUUCUCCGGGAAGCUUCGACCAAGUUCCGAGGCUGGAUCGAUGAGCUGCUACAGUCAGCAUGGGAAGCAUGUCAAGAGUCUGAUAUGCUGAUCGAGUCUCCAAGCGCGAUGGCCGGCAUUCAUAUCGCCGAGUCGUUGCGGAUACCGUACUACCGUGCUUUUACGAUGCCUUGGACAAGGACCAGGGCGUACCCUCAUGCCUUUGCCGUUCCUGAUCACAAAAUUGGUGGCGCUUACAAUUACUACUCAUACGUCAUGUUCGAUAACGUGUUCUGGAAAGCGAUAGCGUCGCAAGUCAACCGGUGGCGGAAGAAAGAGCUCGGUCUCCGAUCGACAUCACUGGACAAGAUGCAGCCUAACAAGGUGCCAUUCCUGUACAAUUUCUCACCAUCGGUUGUGCCGCCACCACUGGACUAUUCAGACUGGGUACAAGUCACCGGCUACUGGUUCCUCGACGAAGCCACGGAGUGGACGCCCCCAGCCGACCUAGUGGCCUUCAUUGAGAAGGCUCGAGCUGACGGCAAGAAGCUCGUCUACAUCGGGUUUGGCUCGAUAGUAGUGUCUGAUCCAGCAGGUCUGACCAAGACCGUCGUGGAAUCCGUGCUAAAAGCCGAUGUGCGGUGCGUGCUUGCUAAGGGCUGGUCAGACCGUCUGGGCGACCCUUCAGCACUCAAAGCCGAAGUCCCUCUGCCGCCGGAGAUCCAUCAGAUCAAAGCAGCUCCCCACGACUGGCUCUUCAAACAGAUGGAUGCCGCCCUUCAUCACGGCGGCGCAGGUACGACAGGUGCAAGUCUACGAGCAGGGAUCCCGACCAUCUGCAAGCCUUUCUUCGGUGACCAAUUCUUCUUCGGCAGUCGAGUUGAAGAUCUCGGCGUAGGCAUCUGCCUCAAGAAGGUCAACGUCAGUCUCCUUAGUCGGGCCCUGUGGGAGGCCGUCAACAGCGAGCGGAUGAUCGUCAAGGCGCGUGCUUUAGGCGAGAAAAUCCACAAGGAAAACGGCGUACAAACCGCCAUCCGCGCCAUCUACCGCGACCUCGACUACGCCAAAUCGCUGAUCAAAGCACGCGCAGAACUCCAGGGCCAACCCAUGCCGCUGGGCGACGACGAAGAGGGAGAGAUAGAAGAAACGUGGACUUUCAUAGGCGACGAAUCAGACCCAGAGCUCAUGAAGAAGAUGCAGGAUUGGGAUAUUUCCAAGGGUGGGAGGAGCGGGGGCCCGAGGGUCAGUAUGGAUGGGUUGAGGCGGUGCAGGCUGCUGAGCCGGGAAGGAUGGCGAAGAGUGGUGUGUUUCGGUAGUGAUGAUCCAUGGUGA